AUGACGCAUGUCUGGACUGUAUAACCAGCAGCUCAAUGUGAAAUCUGUGGAUGUUUCACCACUGAAACUGCACGAGGACACAGAGCGCGAGAGCCUUUGAUCAACCAGACCUCGCAAACACACGCAGCACAACAACUCGGGGAUCAUCAUGGCACUGGAUGGAUGUGGCCUCUUCUGCAAAUACACCCUCGUUAUCUUCAACAUCAUCUUUGCGGUGGUGGGGUUUGUCUUCCUGGGCCUCGGCUUGUGGCUGAGGUUCAGCGACAGCACCCGACCCAUCUUCGAAGUGCAGGAACUCAACUCAAGUGCAUUUGUCAUGAUUGUGACGAUACUGAUAGCUCUGGGCGCAGUGAUGCUGAUUGUCGUGGUGUUCGGAGACUACGGCGCCUGCAACGAGAAGAGAUGUGCUCUGCAAGUGUUUUCGGCCCUUCUGUCCAUUCUAGCGUUAACUGAAGUUGUUGUUGGAGUGCUCGCCUACUCCAACAGGGAUAAGUUUGGCUUGACGAUGGCCGAGUUCUACACCAGUCUGUACACUCUGUAUGUGACCAGUGGAGGAGACCCAUUCAUUGGUGCCGCUCUCACAUUCUUUCACAACACGCUUCACUGCUGUGGACUGACUGGAGUCAAGAUGGUUGAGGUGGUUCAGAAGACCUGUCCUGAACCAGCAGGGUUCAUUGAGCACUUCAAGAUGGACAGCUGUCCUGUGACCAUCGCAACGGUCUUAGACAGCAAAGCGUCACUGGUGAUGGGCCUCUUUGUUGGAACUGGAGCUCUUCUGAUUGUUGCCCUGGUCUGCGCCAGUAUCCUCCUGAAACAGACCAAGAGAGAGCAGCGGGAGACGACUGCGUACUAUUCCGCCGUGUACUAACAAGAGAACCACGGUUUCAACCCUUAACCUCCCCCGACUCAUCAAUGGAGACCAUCGCUGGAAUUCAAACUCAACCAGUGAAUAAAUGUGUACGGAUUUCUCUCUCUAUGUGAGCUACUGAUCCCACCGACUUUAGAGCUGAGCUAGACCCAAAACAUCACACUGUGAUUAUAAUUUCAUUCAUUGUGAGCAGGAAAAAUACCUGCUUUGUUCAGAGCUGCUGACAACCAUCAAUAUUUGAUUUUAUAUUUUUAAAUAACCACGCAGUAACUCUUGAAAUGGUGAAAUGGAUGUUGCUUAUAAUUAGCUAUCAUUCAUCGAGCUGGAAACUGUCACCGCUCGACAGCAGGCGCGUCGCAGCCUGACAGGCCUCUACAUCAUUGCAUACGAUAAGUAAUCUGAAGAUUAAAACACAUCCGUUUGAUACCAGACUCAUCAGGAUGAGAGUGAGAGACUUUUUGUUUAAACUUCUACACGUCUGUUACACAUUUCAGCGGUUCUGUUAAUAAGCACCAUAAUGACACUGCUGCUGAUGUGUCGUGCCUUUGUCUGUUGAGUUAAAGACUCACUGAGCCAUCAGCAAAUAUCUCUGUUUGUGUUAGAAAUGUGUGUAUAAAUGCACAAGGGAUCAUUUUCUUUCAAAUCUACUUCAAGUGUUCAUUUCAGGCUACGCUAAGCGAUAGGGUUUACCACUUGAAACAGUAGCAUCGUCACACCAGCUAUUUAGGAUGUCAGGACAGUUAGCUUCACUUUCUUGACAUUUCUCUUUAAUUUUUUAGAGGUGUAAUGAUAUAUUAGUACAAGUAAUGUAUCUGUUACUGUAACUUUGCAUUCCUUUUUAUUUUUUUAUUCAUGAUUAUACGUCCAGAGGACAUUCUUGGGUGUGACAGAAAUAUUCUGCAGGCUCUCCACAGGCAGCAGGUACUGUUUGAAGCUGUUAAACUGACUGUACAAACAUUGCCAAGUGGCAUGCUUCAGAGCUGUGACUCAUUAAAGUGCUGCCUUCCUGUUAAUGCUGGUUUGACACAAAAGGGAAACACAUUGCCAUUAACGGUCAUUUCUGUUAAACGUUUUCAUUCCCUCAUGUUCCUGCCAAAAGCUUGUGACCAAAUAGUUGUAUGAUAAAUCCUCUGUUUAGAGAGGAUUGCAUGUUUUCUUUCUCUGUACCUUGUAGUACUAACUGUUGCAUUGCACUGUAUUGUUUUUAAAUAAAUAUUUUAUGGAGGGUUUCUCCCUGUUCUUCACAGA